AUGGCGGACGUGGAAAUGAAGGAAGCUGCUACAGGUGCUUCGGCUAAGGCGAAGGGAUCGUCCAAGGCCUCGGAAGGGGCAGUUGAUGGCAAGAAGAGGUUUGAAGUCAAAAAGUGGAAUGCGGUAGCUCUCUGGGCGUGGGAUAUUGUCGUCGACAACUGUGCAAUCUGCCGUAACCACAUCAUGGAUCUAUGUAUCGAAUGUCAAGCAAACCAGGGCUCAUCUACGACGGAAGAAUGCACCGUCGCUUGGGGAAUUUGCAACCACGCAUUCCAUUUCCACUGUAUAUCUCGUUGGUUGAAAACUCGCCAGGUCUGUCCGUUGGAUAACCGGGACUGGGAGUUCCAAAAGUACGGACGGUAA